GCUGCGUCUGAAUAGUCAGAAAAACGAUGUCCUAUGUAACCCCGGAAGUUAAUAGGGGGGAUGAAAUUUGUAAGGGGGAUGAAAUUUGUUGUGACACAGCCUUGGCCACUUCUCAUUAAGAGGAAGUACAAAGGUUACACUGUACAGGAACUCCGACCCACUCCCAUUAGUUUACAACCCCACAUUCGCUGCCAGACUAUUAGAAAGGAUUGAAGCAACAUGAGGUGGCUUGCUGUUUCUGUGGUAGCGUUGACCGUGUUCUGCGAUGUCCUGGCUGAAUUUCCACCUUCCUGUGACAUGCCAAUGGAUCCUGGACUAGGAGCUGACAUUACUGUUCUUCUUUACUAUGAUAAGGCACAAGACAAGUGUCUCCCAUUCCACUAUGGAGGGAAGGGAGGCAAUGAGAACAGAUUUUUCACAGAUAGGAUGUGUAUGCAAAACUGCUCCAGCAGAGCAGAAGAAUUGUACCCUGCAGAUGAAAAAAAAGCCUGUCACCUAAAAAAGGAGUAUGGCCAUUGUAUGGGUCGAUAUUUACUUUGGUAUUAUGAUCCCUUUCACGGGAAAUGCAAAACAUUCCAAUUCACUGGUUGUGGGGGCAACGGAAACCGAUUUCUCAGUGAACAUCACUGCAACACCACCUGUGCUGGUAUUUUUGAUCAAGGGGACAUGGAGGAGGAGGUUGAGUCGGACACACCUGCUGGGCUGAUUAUUGGAAUUGUGCUAGGUGUCCUUGGAGCAGUUAUCAUGAUCGUUACGGUUGUCAUGGUAGUGAAGAACAAGAAACCCAAAACCAAAGAAACAAAGAAGGUGCCAAAAGGGGACGAUUCGCCACUUCAACCUGAAGGAAUGGAAAUGGCAUAGACCGAUCCAGCCGUGGCUGGAGAAGCCAAUAUUUCUCCACCUCCCCAUCCCAUCCAAAAUACAAUUAAAGUACAGUGAUAUUUGUUAUUUUAAACAGAGAUGUGCUGGGUUAAUGCUUGUGUGCACACGAUUAACAUUUAUUGUGAUUAUAAUAGGAUGACAGUGCUGUGAUACUGUAAUGUAUUAAAAUAUAUAAAUCGCCACUGUAGACAGUAAACUAAUCUUACAAGUUUUUUGUACUUUAAAAAAUGUAUUUUUUGUUUUACCAAAAUUGUUAUUUCUGUGUUUGAAGUAGCUCUCAGGGAGUAAUUCAGAUCCUUCUGCACAUUUACAACUGUAAAAAUACAAGUGUUUAAGUGAUGAAUAAAUUUUGUUAAUGAACUCAAAUUUAA